AUGGAUGUCAAAGCAAGAUCCCGGGCCAUGAGGGAGAUUCUGAUACGAAUUGUGGAAAGAUCCCGAGGCACUAUUGAAGUCAAAGUUUUUGGAGAUAAAGUAAUUCUGGACGAAGAUGUCGAGAAUUGGCCUCGCUGCGAUAUCCUCAUUUCUUUCUUUUCGACUGAUUUUCCUCUUGACAAGGCCGUAUCCUAUGUCAAACUUCGAAAUCCUUUUUGCAUCAACGACCUGAUACCACAAGCGUUAUUAUGGGACCGCAGAUUGGUCGCAACUGUUCUUGAUCAUCUCAAAGUUCCUACACCCAAACGCGUUGAAGUAUCCCGAGACGGUGGUCCAAAGAUUGAUGAUACACUGCGAGACUUCAUGAAGUCGAAGUUAGGCAUAGUACUCGGUGGAUACAAAGUCACUCCGGAAGUUGCCCUUAGAGAAGACGGAGAUGCCAUCAUCAUUGAUGGUAAUGUAUUAGAAAAACCAUUUGUCGAAAAGCCCGUGAGUGGUGAAGACCACAACGUCUACAUUUACUUUCGAGGAGGUGGUGGUAGGCGCUUAUUUCGCAAGGUUGGUAACAAAUCCAGCGAGUUGGAUCCAAGCCUGAACCAUCCAAGAACGGACGGAUCGUAUAUUUACGAACAGUUCAUUGACGUUGACAAUUCGGAGGACAUCAAAGUUUACACUGUCGGAAAAGACUAUACCCAUGCUGAAACUCGAAAAUCGCCUGUGGUCGACGGCGUAGUAAGGAGAAAUACAGAGGGAAAGGAAAUUCGAUUCAUCACCCGCCUGACCGAUGAGGAGAGGGCAUGGGCAUCUCGAAUAUGUGAAGGUUUUGGUCAACGCGUUUGUGGUUAUGACAUGCUUAGGUGUGACAACGGUCACAAAAGUCAGGUCAUUGAUGUAAAUGGGUGGAGUUUUGUGAAGGGAAACGAGUCGUACUAUGAUAGAGCGGCGGAAAUCCUCGCAUCGUUAUGCAUGCAGGUAUCAUCGUCCCCUAGCCGCGCGCUCCCAGCUACCGAAAAUACCCCUGAGGAAGCGCCUACCUGGCUCCUCAAGGCCAAUGUCACAGUAUUUAGGCACGCUGAUAGAACCCCGAAACAGAAGCUCAAAUUGCAACCAUUUGUGAAACUUCUCAACGGCGAAACGGAAGAGAUUAUCCUCCGAGAAAAAGAACAGCUAACCAAAAUAGCUAGUGCUGUGGAAGAGUCGAAGAGUCUCGGUGCAAGUGGCGAGGAAUUGGCGAAGUUGACCCAGUUGAACAGCGCUUUAUUUAGCAAGAUAGACUUACCGGGUACCAAAGCACAGUUGAAGCCUGUCUACUCGAAAAAGCAAGCUGGUCACGCUAGAUCCCUCACGAAACUCACGCUGGUCUUUAAAUGGGGAGGAGAGUUUACCCAUGCAGCCCGGUAUCAAUCACGAGACUUGGGCGAAAAUAUGAAGAAGGAUAUUUCAAUCAUGAAUAGGGAGGUCUUGCAGAACGUCACCAUUUUCACCUCCUCGGAACGACGUGUUAUCGCAUCUGCCGAGAUUUUUGCUGCUGCCUUGUUGGAUCACCAGCAAAGCUUCUCUACGGCGUCAUCUCCCAACUCCAAUUCUAGUUCUCGUUCUUCCCGCUCUUCGACCGAUGGUACCACUUCUUCACCGAAUAAUAAUCUUUAUUGUAACAAAAACGUUCUGACCCGCCACAAUACGUCAGCUCCUUUGCAGCUCAUCAUUCGAAAAGAUCUCCUCGAUGACUCAAACGCAGCGAAGGACCUCAUGGAUGAUGUGAAAAAACGGCUCAAGAUCUUAUUGCGACCGGGAGAGCCAGAGAAACGACCGGAAUUGACUUGGCCGAAAAGUAUGAAGAAAGAGCCGGUGGAGGUUGUCAGGGAAGUGAUACAACUACUCAGUACUUUUCGGGAUGUCAUGCGUCGAAAUUACGAGACUUUGGACGUCGAUAAAAUCCAAGAGCGCUGGUGUUGUGGUGAUGAACCCUGGCUAUUUAGAGAGCGUUGGGAAAAACUAUUUGAAGACUUUUGUGAUGUAGAGCAGAAAAAGUUUGAUCCAUCGAGGGUCUCAGAGCUAUAUGACACAAUCAAAUACUGCGCCCUUCAUCAUAGAACCUUCUUGUUUUCUAUCUUCAAUGAACAGACAACUCAAGACCCUCAACAGCCGCAGGAUCGAAGAUUACACGAGCUUUAUGGCCGCGCUAAGGCUCUUUUCGAUCUUGUUGCUCCACAGGAAUAUGGUAUCGAUCCAGAUGAAAAGGAGGAAAUCGGUGUCCUUACAUCUUUACCCCUUCUUCAAAACGUUGUCCGAGACCUCGAGGCCGCACGCAAUAACGGUGAAAGUUCAUUAACUCUAUACUUCACUAAAGAGAGCCAUAUACACACUUUGGUAAACCUUGUUCUUACCUCUGGUCUACCAAUCGCAAAUCGCCGCAUACCUGAAUUGGACUACUGUUCCCAUAUCACCUUUGAGCUAUACGAACGCAACCACGGGCGAGGCAAAUCAGACAAGGAAUAUUCAAUCAAACUCUCUUUGAGUGAAGGUGCACACUCUUCCAAUGUGCUAGAUUCGACAUUAGAUGCUCGGCAUUCUUUGAAUGUACAGCAACGGCGAAAAUUGACGCAGCACCUACCGUAUAGCCUAGUAAUUGAAAAGCUAUCUAAACACUUCAAUAGACUGAAAGAUGAGGACGUUGAUACUGGCCCUGAAUACGAGACUGUAGAAGCCCUACCCAACGCUAUAUCUGUAGACGAGAUAUGA